ACUUGAAACAGUCAGUUACCUUUCCGUUUUAAGACCGUGAGGAUCUACCAGUCACGCGAGCUUUCUGAUCUCUCACUUCCACUCUCAUUUUCUUAUUGUCCAUAAGUAUGAAGUGGAGCGACGUGCAAGUUUUAUUAUGGAUUUUCUUUUCAACUUCUUUGGCCGUUUCUUCUUGGAGACCAGUUGAUCCAGCCCAACUGGGAAGCGGCAUUUUACAUCAAGAAGCGGCAAUAUAUGGAAAUUCACCAUAUACCGACGAAAACACUCUGACAAAGGCAAAUCUUUACGCACAUGCGGAAAAUGAUCAGUGUGCUCUUUAUAAAGUUGCUAUGAGGCAACAAUUAUAUUUUGAGUAUGUCCAGUAUAAGAUGGAUUUCCCGGACAUGAAAGAAUUCACUCUUUGUAUGUGGACCAAAUUCAAUAAUCAUACAAACGACCAUCCUCUUUUCUCCUAUGCAGUUGGUGAUCAACCGCGAGGUGUAUUAUCCUGGAUAGCCAACACGGCCAGGAGCUCUUAUUACAUGCUCAACAUAGAUGGACAUACCCUUUACAGAUUGAAUUAUCCUUUAAGACUGAAUAAAUGGUACCACUCCUGUCAGAGUUGGAAUGGACAUACAGGAGAAUGGCAGAUCUGGGUCAACGACGAGCGCGUAGGUCGCGGGUUCAAUAACAGGUUAGUGGGACAUGUCAUAAAAGGCGGAGGUAUUGCCAUAACUGGCCAAGAGCAAAGACAACUUGCUGGAGGAUUCCUCGAGGGAGAAGGAGCACCUCCAGGUUCCGGCGGUAUGCUCGGAGAAGUAACGAUGGUCCAGCUUUAUGGCAUAGCUUUAACAGCAGGAAAAGCACAUCGGGAUCACAAGCAUCAUCAUGCGCAUCACUACGAGCACGACACCAACAACAAUAUUCCACCUUCAACAACUCCACAGGCACCUGUGACUGGUCCUUCUUUACCAAUGAACCCCUACUUAACCGGAGGACAGAUAAAUCAUCAAGUGAAGAUCAAUCCUGGUGCCCACGUUCAAAUUGUGCAGAACGGUGUUACUUUACGUCACCCAAGUAUUCCCACCGCUCAAGCUCCUCUGCCUCAACCAUUCCCUCCUGCAAAUCCUAUUCCCGUAUCAACCCCUUCCCCAGCAUCAAAUCUAAUUUCUAGGUAUCCAUCCAUCCUGAAUACGUAUAGACCUACGCAAUACUUCGGUACGAACACUCCUCAAUUUUCAAGCCUGCCAUCACCAAUCAAUCCUAUAAAUGGUUAUAGUUUCGUUGACAGACGAUACCGCAAUGUUGCUGGACAAAAAAUGUUGUCAAAAAGGGAAAAUGCCGGAGAAGCAGAGCCAGCGAAAAAUUUGCCCAUCAAGAAAGAUGAUAAAGUAAGUUUUGUUGCUGAGAAGACGGAACCAAUUUUCGGUCAGAAGAAUUUAACGAAGCGGGAUUCUGAUACAAAGACGAAACGAGCCUUACUACAACUUUCUGAUGGAUCUAUUUUCGAUGAUUCGUUCAUAGUGCAACAGAAUUUGGACAAUGAUUACUUUUCUGGUUUGGCUAAUUUCGGUGUCCAGUUGAAAAAAGCUCCAGAAUCUAAAGCUGAAGAGAGGGAACCAGCAGAAGGUGAAGUUAAGCAAGUGAUGGAUGUUUGCGAUGGCUGCGCUGAUGAACCUUUCGAGAGAGCUCUGAUAAUGGGAUGGAGAACUGUGGCCAAGAAAUUGUAUUCGGGAGCGUUACACAUUCCAGCAGUGCCGAUGUGUAAGGCAUUUUAAUUUGGAUCAGUAGACAAAAUUAAGUCAGUACUAAAUGCAGGCCUCACAAUCCCUAUGUGUUGAAAUAUAGGAACCAAAGGACACUUUUUGUCACGCUCAUAGGAUAAUUUUUUCGCGUUUAAAGGGUAACAAAUUCGAGAUAAAUUUAGAAGAUAUCCGAACAAUUCAAGUUACAUUCAAAAGAAUUCAAAUGGCUGAAAAACUUUUUCAAAAUAAAAAAAUUCGAUUGGUUUCCUUAAAAUUGGAAUGAAUUUAGAGGAAUUUGAGGUAAACGAGUAGAAUUCGAUGAAAUUCAUCCACAUUCGAGGUAAAGUAAAACAAAUUCAAACGAAUUAAAAACAAUUUAAAAAUAUGAAAAAAACUUA